CGGGGCACCACCACGCGGGGCCCUCUCUAAUCUAAACUAACCCGUACACGCUCCGCUCAAACUGAACGGAACCUCCUAAAACAACUCGCCGGCGACGACGGCAGCGGCCGCGAGCUCGGGGGAGGCGAUGGAGGAGGGAGCGGAGGAGGUGGAGGUGGGGGAGUACAGGCUGCAGAGGUUGGUGGGGAAGGGCUCGUACGCCAAGGUGUUCUGCGCCGCGCACCGGCUCACCGGCGCGCGCGUCGCGGUGAAGGCGAUCGACCGCCGGCGACUCCAGAAGCAAGUCCACGACGGGAUCCUCAAGGAGAGGGAGAUCCUCAAGAGCAUAGAUCACCCCAACAUCCUCCGCCUCCUCGACACCAUCGACACGACGGAUACCAUGUACUUGGUUCUGGAGUACUGCGAUGGAGGCGACCUCGAUGAGUUUUUGCUCAAGCACGGCCGGCUGCCGGUGGCCACCGCCAAGGACUUUAUGCGGCAGCUCGCGGAAGGGCUGAAGAUGCUGAGGGAGAGGAACAUCGUCCAUAGGGACCUCAAGCCACAGAACCUUCUCCUAUCAACCAACGGUGAUGCCAUUAUAUUGAAAAUUGGCGAUUUUGGGUUUGCCAAGGAUGAAAAUUUAGCUGCCACAAUAUGUGGGUCACCAUAUUAUAUGGCCCCAGAAAUUUGGCAAGGGAAGGACUACGAUGCAAAGUCAGACUUGUGGAGUGUUGGGGUCAUUCUUUUUCAGCUAGUCACUGGGAAGGUGCCAUAUGCUGGGAGUACCUGUUUCCAGCUGCACCAAAACAUCCUGGCUUCUGAUGAACUUAACUUCCCUUCAGAAAUUGAAGCCGAUUUAUGUCCUGAUUGCAUUGACUUGUGCAGAAGACUCUUGCACCGUGAUCCAAGGAAGAGAAUAAGUUUUGACGAAUUCUUCAAUCAUAAGUUUUUGGCAACAACAAGGAAAUGUGAGCUUAUCUGUGAGUCCCAUCAUGCUGUUGAUUUAAGGGAUACAUGCCAGAAAAUCACCUCUCCUGUUGUCCUAAAAAUGAAACCUGAAAGCGUGGAAUCAAAAAAAUCGAAAGUAUUUGAUUCAUGGGAGUGGAUCGAACGAGAAUACGUGCUCGUUCCGGUAAACUGUACUUCCAUGGAGAUGCUGUCUUCACUCGAGAAGUCGACAAAGGAUGAUACAGGUACAAGAAAUUCCGGAUAUGAUAGGUCCACUGGCAAAGGUUCUGUUCAGAAUCAAAACAGAGACUUUAACCACAGAGUUAUUGGUGUACAAAACCAUGGAUGUACUCCAGCGCCUGCUUCCCAUGAGUCAGCCAAUGCGGAAGAUAGAAGAGGGAAGCCACCUGAUUGUUUUGAAAGGCUUCAUAUUCUGAAUCAAUUUGUUCUUGUUCUUACGGAACUUGCUCGGGAAAAGCUUUCUAAGGGGUUGUAUCUGGAGGCACUGUCAAUUGAGCUUCUAUUAUUAGCUAUCUGGAAAGAGGCACUUGAUGCGUGUAGCUUAUUCAUGGAUGCAUCGCACGAUGGAAAUUCCUCAGAAUCUUCUCCAGAACAUUUGCUGCCUAAGAGUGAUCAUUCGUCUCCGAAUGCGGCACGAGGAUUGGACUUCAGUAGACCAGUUUCUAUUCGUUCGUGGGUUGAAAGUGGGUUCAUGAAAGCAUAUGAUCGUGCAGAGAAGAUAUCACAUAUAUUGCGGAAGAGUUAUGAUAACACUGAGAUGCCAGAUGCAAUGGAUGUCAUAUUCCAAACUGCUUUAGAAUAUGGGAAAAGUGGUGCGGCGAAUGAAGUUUUGGGAUACCGAAGUAAAUCGACGGCGCUAUAUUCAAAAUCUAUCAUCUUGCUCACAUUCAUAUUGCAAGAAGCACCUACGUUGCCACUAAAUCCUCCAUUUUCCCUUUCACCGUCAGAUCAACAACGCAUCCAUAGCUACAUAGCUAAUUUGAAGAGCCAUCUAUGCAGUGCUAAGGUUGCGGGGCAACAGCAGAGAAUAGUUCGUAACUAAUUUAUUACGUACUUGGGAUGCAUAUUUGGCUAUUUGCACAAGGAUUGGCAGAACUAAUUAUCCGUCAUCAUGGCUAAGCUUUGUCCUCCAUACUGUUUUUGUCUAGGAGGUGUUCAGUGCAUUGGUAACGUCUGAUGUCAUGAACUCCUGUAUAUAUAACAUUAUAGUUGCAGAACGCCAUGGUCCAUCAGACCAUCAGCCCUUUCUUUUGUACAUAUCACUUCUUGAAGCUCUAUGGUCGCCCGUUGCAGCUUUGUGCAAAAUGUUGAGGUGACCUAAAGCUUGUACAUUCUUUGUGCAAAAUGUAAAUAGAAACUGUUUCAGACCUUUUUAUAACCGUCUA